AUGGCCCAAGUUCUUUCAGAGAGUCUCCUUGUUCAGGGGUUGCCUUUUGACAGUCACAAGUCAGAAACCAAGUCGUGGAACAUCUCUACCAGAGAAUACUACGACAUCACUCCACCCAGUGAGGUCUCGGAGGCAGAAGAUGCCUUCCAGCAUGUCACGAAGUCCAUUGACGCAACCACUGAACCACUUGUCGCUGUCAUUGGAGUCGGCUAUGUCGGAGAACAUUUAGUCGAUGUGUUCUCAAAGAACCAUGCUGUCCUUGGGUACGAUGUGUCAGAGACUCGGACAGCACAAUUGUCCAAGAAGCAGUCCGUUGAUAGUCGAGCGAGGUUCACAUGCAAGGCCUCAGAUCUGGCAGAGGCUACUCACUUCCUCAUCUCGGUACCGACUCUUCUACUUCCCAACAAGACUAUCGACUCUUCGUACCUCUGCAGCGCUCUUGAUGUCGUCAAGCUUUAUGGACGCCAGGGUGCCGUGGUUGUUGUCGAGAGCUCGGUGGCAGUAGGAAUGACUCGUGCUCUUCUUGGUCCUAUCGCUGCAGAGUGUGGAUUCUUUGCGGGCAUGUCACCAGAGCGUGUCGAUCCAGGUCGUGUUGAGCCUCCAGCACAGUCCAUCCCCAAGAUCGUUUCUGGACUGGAUGAUGUGGUUCCAGGAUCGCUCGACGCGAUUAUUCGACUGUACUCGAAGAGUUUCGAUCACGUCGUCCCUGUGUCAAGGCCAGAGGUUGCCGAAAUGAUGAAGCUGUACGAAAACUGCCAACGUAUGGUUUGCAUCGCCUACGCAAACGAGAUGGCCGAUGCUUGCGGCGCACACGGCAUUGACCCAUUUGAGGUUUGCCGCGCAGCUUCCACCAAACCCUUUGGUUACCAGCCGUUCUCUCCAGGUUUGGGUGUUGGGGGACAUUGCAUCCCCGUCAACCCAUGGUACCUAUUCUCAAACAGCAAGCUGCCUCUCUUGCGGGCGGCGGCUGAAAAGAUGCAUGAUCGUCCUUCGGAGAUUGCAAAGCGCGUUGUUACGCGUCUCCGCGGCGAGAAGGAUGGGAAACGUCCUCGAGUUCUUGUUGUCGGAAUUGGCUUCAAGCGUGGACAGUCACAUCUCGCCAACUCUCCCGGUCUUGAGCUAGCAAAGAGUCUAGUACGGACCCAGGAGGUUGAUGUUUCUUGGGCUGAUCCAUUGGUGUCACAAGAAGCAGUACCUCAAAUCGCGCGCUUGUCUGAGGCUGAUUGGAGUGUCGAAGCUCUUGAGCGCGACUUUAAUAUGAUUGUUGUUGCUUUCCGCCAAGAUGGUCUGGAUUUUGAUGUUUUGGACCGUGUUCAAGGCGUCGUGGUAGAGCGUUGGUGUGUUUAA